AUGGAAAAGAACAUCUCAACAACAAACCGCAAGGCUCGUACAUCCAGAGUCAUCGAUGGCCCCGAAGGUCUGCACGGCGAUCCGGAAGACAGAUUCGAACGCCGCCAGACUGGUAAUUUCCAGAUCGUCGAUGACAGUGAAACCGGUGGAUCGCGCAAGUCGCAGCUUCAAUUCGGCAACCAUGAAUCUAUGACCCUGGACGAUAUUCCAAGGAUUGUCCAAGCGCAGCAAACGAGAGAGCAAAGACCCAACGCUUCCAAGUUCCAUCGUGGUCCCAUGAUACCUCAGGAACCAAGACCAAAGCUCGUCAACAAUGGCCACACACGACACGUCUCGCUCGGUAACGACGACAAGCCAGCUCUCAUGGAGGGUGGCGCUUUCAAGACAAAGAAGUACUUCUCCGAACUGUCAGCACUUGAAUAUUUCAUCGUUCGUCACGUAGCCGUACUUUCAAUGGAGCCUCUUCUUGAGGGCCAUUUCAACCAAGAAGAGUUGCUUGACCUUAUUGAGACGAAGAGACCCACAUUCUGGGGCAAGUUUGGAAAGGCCUUCAAGCCCGAGACAGGCAAGAAGCCAAAAGGCAACAAGCGGGGCAUCUUUGGUGUGUCUCUUGAGCAGCUGGUAGAAAAAGACUACGCAGAAUCAACAGAUGGCAUUGGGCCGGGUGCCUUGCGCAUACCCGUUCUUAUCCAGGACGCGAUAUCGGCAAUGCGGACAAUGGACAUGUCUGUCGAGGGAGUUUUUCGCAAGAACGGCAACAUCAAGAGACUCAACGACGUCAAAGAAGAGAUCGACUCCAAGGAGAUGGUCGACGUUGAUCUCACGAAAGAAAAUCCUGUCCAAGUUGCCGCACUUCUUAAGAAGUUCCUACGAGAGCUGCCGGAUCCUCUUAUGACAUUCAAGCUGCAUAAGUUGUGGAUAACGUCACAAAGUAAGUUUUCUAUGUUGCAAAGUGUUCGUAGACCAUCUACUAAACGUAACUUAGGAAUCACGGAUGAGGAGACACGGCGAAGGGUACUCCACCUUACAUGCUGUCUUCUUCCAAAGGCACACAGAGACACAAUGGAAGUGUUGUUCAACUUCAUGCAAUGGGUAUCUUCGUUCUCUCACAUCGAUGAAGAAUCUGGCAGCAAGAUGGACGUUCACAAUCUUGCUACUGUGAUGGCGCCCAAUAUCCUGCACUUGGGCAAGCGCGAUGUACCGUUGGAUGAUAACUUGCUCGCUAUUGAGGCGGUGCACUCGCUCAUAGAGUACAAUGAGUACAUGUGCGAGGUAAGUGCUCCGUUCACGUCUCAUACACUGAGCAAUGAAAGGCUAACAUUAUUUGUCUAG